UGUGUUCACUGAUAAUAGCUAAUUCAGCUUGCUCGGUUUGACUUCCGCGCGCAAUCGGCGUCCUAUGCUGUAUACCGAAUACGGCUUGAUACUUGACUAGUGCGAUUCGGUGCGAUGCCAUGCUCAGCACAAGCCUCGAUUAGCUAGAAGUCAUACGCGCCGAGAGGUCCACGCGCAUGGAUAAGUGUCCUUCGACAGAGUGCAGAAUAGAUACGAACAAUCAAUGACUGUUUGGUAGCGUUGCUGGUGGCAUUGUUGACGGUUUACUUGCAAACGAAUCAUAAUAACGGUAGUAGCGAUUCGUUUGGAUUGCGAUAGAGAUAGUACUAGUUAAUUUAAUUUCCCCGGCAGCUCCUUAGCGCUGAUCUAAGCGACGACCUUAAAACGUCAACCUUUCGAUACACGUACACUUUAGUAGAAGUAAUUAGCUCAACAAGCUGCUAUGAUCCUGCUGCUCUACCCCUUUUGCUACUGCAACAAUGCCAUGGAUUUUCAACGAAAAGGAAGAUGGACGAUGGCUCUCUCGUGGUGAUGUUAUCGUUGAGGAAUAGGCUAUAUGAAACCGAGCUUUUUUCGUUUGUUGUUGAAUGUUUGGAAAAUUCGGACGGGUGGCGACGGAUACUCGUCAGCGAGCCAAAACAUUCUCCAUAUAUACUGUCAAGUAUGAAGCUGACAUUAAUAUUAAGUUUUCAUCACAUAUGUCUGUGUCGUAUAUAGUCAUGUACCUAACAUUGACAACCCGAAAACUAUUGCAUAGAGCGCGGGCCUGGGAAACUCAACGAUUACUAUCCGGCUAAAACUAUAAUGACGACUACUAGUACAACAACAACCAGAACCACUAGCAGAUAGGUGGGCCAACCAACAUAGCAGACGGAUUGGCCUGAAUCUCCACCUGGCCUAGGAGGGAAAAAAGGAAAGAUUGAUUAGAGCUUUGCCUCAAAUACAUGCGUAAAAGGACGACGCCGUCAAUGAAUGUCAUUAAUCAUGUCACUUUUUUGUGAUGGCUGCCGCAUCGACCAGCUUUCCGGGUGAGCUACAUAGGACUUACGUCGUGGAUUAACUCGAUGGACAUCCACCAUAGCAUACGAUCCCACUAUCAACAACAACAUCGUCCAUAAACUUCUACAAAGUUAGCGGCAAAAAGCACAGCUUCUCUAUAAACAAUAACAACAACAGAAAUAACUCCUUUCGCCGUAGUGUAGCUCUCGCUAGUAUCAGUCUCGAUAGCUAGAUAUAUAUCUCAUGUGUGUACCACUGCAAAAGCUGGUCGUCCAUGCUGCCGUGACCGUUCCAACUAUCACCGACAGCUGGCAGCGUUUCCUUUUCUGUCUUUUCUGUAGUCAACCAAUGUCCUCAUAGUCGUUGACGCUGCUGCUGCUGCUGUUGCAGUGCGCAAUAUUUACGUUGCGUCCUCUCCCACUCGAAAACUAACUGAGUUGUCUUGUUUCUGUCGGUUUCUGACUGGGGAACGCGCGUCUAUCGCGUUCCUUCGGCCCCGUUGUCUGUGCAUUUCCCUUGCAGGAGAAAGCGUGCUGAACUAUAAUACUCUGGCUGACGAACUGGCCGAGUAGAAUCACCCGACGAAACGAGGCCGUGGAGGUUGUGUGUGCGUGGCGACGUAGGAGACUUGAAAAGCGAGGCAAAUCAAAUAACGACCUCAUCACAGCCACCUCGCCGAUGCCGGUAGCUCUGGAGUAAAUGCAGAUUGAUCAGCUCAGGAUCGUUACUACCGAAUGAAGUACGACGAUCGAUCAAGGGAUGAUAAUGUACAGAAACUGAUACAUUAGGUAGUCCACCAGUGUUGGUGUUUAAUCUCUACCGGGCCAAAUAACACGCGGAUAAAUGCAAAGUGCUUACGCUCCAGUAAGGUUUUACCAUUUCUGUUAGGUUAGAUUAAACUUUCUGGGCUCGUUAUCGGGAUCCGACUUUUAAGCAGGACUAGGUUUUCCUAUUUGUGGGGCCGUGCGCUCGAAUGACACGAAAAAUUCAAAGAUACCGGUCGAGACGAUGCGUAUAACGAUGCUGGUUAAGUCGUUUCUUGCGCAGCGAUGGCUCGUACGUCUGAUUCCGGCGGCCUUUCUGGGACUAUUUGUUUUCUCAUUCGUGUUCACCUACAUGAACGUGAUCCCACGAAGGGGAUCAUUUUCAUUCGACGCUCUACCGAUUUGUGACGCCCAGGUAGAGCCGGCAGUUGUGCAGCAAGCCAACUAUUCUAUCGUUUUGUGGACGUCCUACUUUAACCUACAGAAUCACCCAGCUUUUGACGAUUCGCCCGUGGAUCCGAAGCUGUGUGCGUACACUAACUGUGCAUUUUCUGUCGAUCGUGAUGAAGUGGACGCUGCCGAUGCCGUUGUGUUUCACCAGGCAGACAUGAGCUUGUCAGACCUACCGCCCACGCGAAGGUUUCGGCAGCGUUGGAUUAUGUACAAUCAGGAAUCGCCACCUAACAGCUUCACGCUAAGCCCUGCCUAUAACGGCAUAUUUAAUUGGUCGAUGACGUACAGCCGAACCGAUGAUAUCGUGGUGCCGUAUUUCGAGACGUGUAGACCUGCCAACCUAAGUGAUUCCGCCAUCAAUGAAAUCGGCGCCGGCACCGAAGAAAAAGCGUGGGCUGCUGUAUGGUUCGUUAGCAACUGUCGUGGUCCAAGUAAUCGGAUGGCGUACGUGGAGGAACUUCAGAACUAUAUCACCAUCGAUAUAAUCGGUGCCUGCUCACCACGUAACAUUCAGUGCGCGAAAGACAAUCACAAAGCGUGUCUGGACACGUUUUUACCUAGGUACAGGUUUGUGCUGGCGUUCGAGAACUCAAUUUGUAACGAUUACGUGACAGAGAAACUGCGCAAUGUGCUGCCGUACGACGUUAUUCCGAUCUUUUGGGGUGGCGUCGAUUAUGGAGAAUUUCUGCCUCGGGAGAGUUUUGUUGUCGCGACGGACUACCCGAAUCCAAGAGAUCUAGCCAGAGCUUUGUACCGUUUUCGAAACAACGAUCUGUUCCGGCGGACGUUGUCGUACCGGCGGGGCGUGCAAGCCCGUGGCGUCAGCUGGAAGUGUCGCUUGUGCGAGAAGUUAAACAAGAGCGGAAAUCAGACGUCGGUGAAGAGACGUCUCUAUCAAACCAGUCAUCGAAAUGGCCGAUGCAAAGUCUGGCGGCGGGGUCAUUUCCAAGAGCAUUUCCCCCAUUAGAUCUCAAUCGGCACAUAAUCCUACAGAUACGCAAGAUGAGCAAAUGAUGUUGCCCGCGAAUGGGGACUGUAGAAAUUUGGGUCUACAAGGCGGGUUAGUAGGGUUGUGAAUAUGAGUAGGGGAAAUACUGAAAGAUUUAUCCUAUUUGUGGAACUGUCUCUGUUGUCGAUCCAAGCAGGGGUCAGAUCGUUCUUCCCCGGGUAAUGUAAAUGUAUGUUUGUGUAUGUAUGUAUAUGUCUAAAUAAGCAGUAUUUUCGCCACCGCGACCUCAUAACAUCAGCAUCUAUAUAGUGGUAUAACAGUGCUUUAUGUAAUCGAAAUCAUUUAGGAUACAAUUUAAAAUAGUUAUCGAACAACGUGUAUUGUUUUCGAUAGUUGGUUUUUAACUGGUUUUCUAUGACAAACCCCUAGGAAGCAUUUCUUCAAGCACCUAUCAGGUAGGGUAUCGGUUCGAUCCGAAUAAUCUGAAGGAAACGCUUGCUAAGCCGAGAUCUGCGAUACGAGGAGACUAUUUAGAUUAUACCGAGACAGCCAGCACGAGUAUGAGUUUAAAAGUCACAAUUUUCGGUGAACGCCGACGGCGGUCACUAGGUGUUGCUUGUGUGCGUGAUAAUGCGGCACAAAUUUGUUGUUGCAAACAAUGCCUGUCAAUCAAAAUGCAUCAGUGAUCAAAUACAGGACGCGACGAGCCUCAUGAGCGUAUACUGACGUAGGUGAAGUCCGGGUGGAUUGUAAAAGACACAUCGUAACACUCAGUGCAGCUAGCUAUGUGAUAUCAUUUAUUGUUUGUUAUGAGGAACUAAUAUUAGUUAUACGAAUGUAACUUUAUAUGAUAAAUCAUUAUGGCGCGCAAUUUAGCGCCACUUUUCAGCACUUUCCAGCUUCAAUGGCAGCUAAUACAUUUUACAGUUCCGUUCACCCAUAAAAAUUAUAGUACGAAAAAUAGAACUAUAUUUUUUAUACAAAUAUAUUGCCAAUUUUUUUAAAAUUUAUUUCUAAACAAAGUUGCGCGCCGCGACGGUAAU